CCUAAUUACAAACUAAACGAAGUAAGUAACUCCUCUGUCAUCUUUGCUCAAAAUUCUCACUACUUCAGGAGGAGGAGGAGGCAUAUCCUAAAAAAUAAAAUCGGAUUCUAUCUUUAUGCUCAUUUUUGUAAGCUUCUUUUCUCUAUUCAAAAGGCUAACCACUGCUGCAGAAUCAAUUUCCACCAAAGUUCACUCCCCAAAGUUGAGGCCAUUCUUCACUCCCCAAAGUUUUGCCAGAAAAGCCGUUCCAGCCCCUAUCUUAUGGGUGAUGCCUGCGAUCCAAUUUCCUUCUUCAUUCCUGAGGAGUCCGCUGCACCCGGUAACAAUUGGGUUCCCUUGCGCCGUGCCGUCAGUGUUCAAUUUAAGCCAAUGCCUCAGAGGAAGCUGCCAGCCAAUGUUUCUCUCAAUUCUUCCUCUCCGCUUUCUUACCAAAUAUCUUGGGUUUGAGUCCAUAUCUAGAAAAAAAAAAACCGUAUUCGGAGGUUCGUACUUCAUUAAUGGGACUCAUCGGUUUUUGUCAGAAUCAACAAUGAGAUCAAUCGAGGAUGAUGACAUCAGAGGCAUUUGUGAAGAUCCAGGUUCCACAGCAGAAGGUUUACAACGAAGUUAAGUUCUCGGUGAUGGUGGCUCCUCCUGCAGCAAUGACAGUCUCACUUAUGGAGAGAAUACCUGAAUUCUUUAAUUCGGAAAAGAUCUACUGUGGUGUUCGGAGGAUUCCCGAUCCAAAAUUCCUAUGACUUCAACGACGUUGUAGAAGCCUUCGGUUGGAAUGAGUUUCCCUACCACGGUGGCACCGCUCCCUGCACCAAUGUUAUUGGCCGUGUGUUCACCGCCAAUGAGUCCCCACCAGAGCCAUUCCCAAAGUAGCCCUCGCAUGAGCGGGUUAUGGCGUUGGUGCCUUGGAUCUUUGGCGUCGGUCCAAGGAAGGUAAGAAGGGAGAAUUGACCAUAGCUUUGAAGAGUGAUGGUGUGAUUGUUGUU